AUGAACCCUAGGGAAUUAAAGCCUACCUGUGGUAAAUGUCAAGCUUUAGGCCGAAAGGUCUCCAAACGUCCUUCAGAGCCCAAGUUACCUCUACCCUUGGAGAUUCUUAGGGAGAUCUGUGCAUAUGCCGAUGUCGAAACCUGUGCAAACCUCGCUUGCACAACGAAGCAAUGGAACGCGGCGGCAUACCCUACGCUAUACCGAAGCAUUAAGAUAGAGAACCCCUCGACUGCUGACCGGCGCGUCAAGGUAUUACGAAAUACCCUCGGGAAUAGCAAGGCAGCAGUAGAUAUCCGCAGAUUCAGUGGAAUUUUCGCGAACUACAACUCUCAGUCCCACCUAGGGGAAGUCCUCAUGAAAGCAACUAGACUUCAAUCGCUGGAAAUUUGUUUCCACGGGGAUGAGAGACGUGGCCUAUGGACACAGAAGGCCUAUACGUUUGACUUCUCCUCUCACCCCCACCUCGAAGUCAUGCGGGUACCAGGGGUUCUUCUAAGGAGUAUGGCAGCAGCCUUGUCGGACCCGCACACAAUCGCCCAGCUCAUGCCUCCGAGCCUCAAGAUCCUUGGAAUUCAAGACCGCAGUUGGAAUCCCGAUGCGGAGGCGGAUUUCCCGGAGGUGGACUUCCCGGAGAUUAUCUUGGACUAUAUUAAGAAGUCAUCUUUGGACUUGUUUAAACUUGAAUCAAAUCUAACAGAGUGGACAAACAAGAGGGCUACCUUGCGUGCGCUUUGUGAGCAAAAACCAAUCAAGCUGGAUGACUCUAAUUGUGCUUGUAAUGCUCGCUUUUUGUAUAUGGAGUAG